UCAUUAUCAAGAUAAGUGAACUCUUCAAGCACUGCUUCACAUGGAAGACAGGCUCACAGAAGAUCUCUGAUGUUCUGAAAGAAAAAUAACUUCACUUUAAUGUUUCACACAAUUGAUUGAAAGGCCACAAGCUGUUGCUGCUGGUAUGCAGUCCUCUUCCCCCCUCUCUUAUGACUUGUCUCUGCUUUCCUCUCUUGAGAGGACCCCCACCCUCUUUUUUGCAGAUGAGAUUGAGUCUUUAAGUGUUGUUGUUCUCUCUCUCCCCCCUCCAUCAGUUGUUGCUGCCCCCCCCAUGUCAGCUUAAGCUGGUUCUGCUGCUCUGUCUCCCCUCUCUGCAGUUGUUGCUCCAGCUCCAGCCAGAAAUAUUGUUAUUGUUGUUCCCUCUGCACCAGCAGGAUUUGUGGGUGCUGUAAUUCUGCAGAAUGCUUGAGACUGCCCAGCACCCCUCUCUGUAAGACCAACAAUGAUGGUUCCAGAUCACCUUCACCCAAAUGCCACCAGCUACUACUUUUACUGAUGCAUCACAGGUCAAUCUGGUGGUCCUUCCAGGCCUCCCCCCCCAUACAGGGGCACAAGCUUUGUCUGCCCAUGAAAGAGCAUGGUGUUGCAAGCCUAUCCAAAGACCUGUGCUUAUUGCUGGUUUGGAUAAUCCAAACCAGUUAACUGUGUACACUCAGCUCCACAAGAAAAUUCUUGUGACUCAGGCUGGAGUCCAGCCAUCAUCUGGACAGAAGUGCUUCACCUGCAAGAGAGCUCAGCAAGGCUAUAGCAAUAUAGUCUUUACAGAGUGCAUCUCCACAGACUUGGGUCAAAAAUAUAACAACUGCCUAUACUAUAGGCAUCUUGCUUGCUCUUUCCAGCAGUAAGAUUAUGGAUAGUUGUUACAGGUCUUCAUGGGAGGAGCUGGAGGCUCUAAUUAUAUAGUCUUAGUUUAGUUUUUUCUUCUUUUGUUUUGAAAUCAAUUGAAUUUAGUUCAGUUUGACUAUAUCUUUUCUCUCUCUAACUCAUUUUCUAGUUCCACUACCUCCAUUCAUCUCUUUCACAAACCAGGCUUGUCCAGAUUUCUACUAUAGAAUUGUUGGAGUAGCUUUCUCAGUGGACAGACAUUGCUUACAGAAACUCAUGUCUUGUUCUUCUUAUUAUCAUAUUCUUUUCAAUAUACUCUGUACCACAGCUUGUGACUCUCUCUCUUCAAGUCAAUUAUCUUGCAGAUCUGGUACUCCUUUUCAUUCUCAUUCAUCUUGUGAACUUCAUAAUGAGAUGAGCUAUCAAUUCCUUUGCGGGUCUUGUGUUCACAGAGCAGGAAUACAUGAAAGAUAUUAUAAGUUU